AUGAACUCAAGCGAGUUUUGUAUCGGAAGAAUCCCUGUGCUACAGACCGACGCGACUCCGCCAAACGAGCCUGGAGCAAGGUACGGGGGCCUUAAUCAACGUACCACUGUGAUUCCCGUUGGCUACAAAAAAGAGCCCGACUACAGGGCCUGGGACAUAGAAGCUGUUUUCGAACAAGACAUACCGAUUCCUUUGCGCGACGGAGUCGUAAUACGUGCAGAUGUAUUCCGCCCUGCCAACACAUCUACGGUGCCCGCCAUCGUGCAUUAUUCACCGUAUGGAAAAUCCGGCUCAGGACUCUUCGACCUCAACCUUAUCCCAGGCCGAUCUGGAAUACCGCGUAGCGCAGUGUCCGGCUUCCAAAGCUUCGAAGCCUUCGAUCCUGCCGAGUGGGUAACACACGGCUACGCAGUAGUCAACGUCGACGCAAGGGGCGUUUUUGGAUCUCAGGGAAACUCUAGGUUCCUAGGGACAGCGGAAGGUCGAGAUGGCCACGAUGUUGUUGAGCACGUAUCUCAACUCUCGUGGUGUACUGGCAAAGUCGCAUUAGCUGGUAACUCCUGGCUCGCCAUGACGCAGUGGUUCAUUGCAGCUGAGCGACCACCUCACCUCACAUGCAUAUUGCCUCUUGAGGGUUCCAGUGACCUCUAUCGAGAAGUCUUGUGUCGAGGCGGUGUUCCAUCUUAUCAAUUCUUUGGUUUCGUCAAUCCUUUUCUCUACGGAAACCAACAGCGUGAAGAUGUCAUUACUAUGUUGCAGAAAUAUCCUGCCAUUAAUGAGUACUGGCAGGACAAGCGUGCCGAUAUUAGCUCCAUUCAAUGCCCUACCUACGUUCUGGCUAGCAUGUCGACUGGACUACACACAGUUGGGUCGCUCCGAGGGUUCGAGGAUAUUCGGCACGACAAGAAAUGGCUACGACUACAUUCUACGCAAGAGUGGCAUGAUCUUUACCAGAAGCAUUCCAUCGCCGACUUCAAGAAAUUCCUCGAUUUCUACAUGAAGGGACAAGACAAUAAGUGGGAGCAAACUUCCCGAGCACGAAUUUCAGUCAUAAGCUAUAACAAGGUAGGAUCUUCAAGCAACAGCAAGUCUCACCGAAGCCGAUCUGACAUUGUACAGGGAAACGUCGAUGACUUACCUUUCACUGCGUGGCCUGUACCUGAGGCUAAAGACAUCAACCUGCAUCUCUCGACAGACGGCACCCUCCAGUCCUCGUGUGAACAUGUUAAAGGCGGACAAUCUUCCUAUGCAUCCGAUGCCAAGGCAGAAAACUUUGAUGCUGAUCCCGAGGAAUUAAGCUUCACCUACACCUUUCCCAAGCAAACGAGAUUGAUCGGAAGCUCAAAGGCUGUGCUUUACAUGUCCUGCCAAGAUCAUGAUGAGCUUGACGUAUUCGUUAUACUGCGCAAGAUCGACAAGGAUGGCCGCAUUCUUCGCAACUGCAACAUACCAUUUGCCGAGCUCAAAGCCGUAGGAGGGGAUGGUAUUGAUGAUAUCGUGGACCCCCAUGAUCUGCCUACUCUCAACUCUCUACAGUACGUCGGACCAUCGGGAAUCUUGCGUGCUAGCCAUCGAGAGAUCGACGCCAGCAUCUCGAAGCACAACUUUCCGCAUCACAAGCACACGAGUGAAGAGAAGAUCUCUCCUGGACAGGUAGUCAAGCUAGAGAUUGGGAUAUGGGCUGCUGGAAUUCAGUUUGGAGCUGGCGAAAAGUUGGUGCUUCGUGUGAGUGGGCAUGAUAUGCGAUUGCCUGAGUUCGAGGCUUUGCGAGGAAGUUUUACCACGGCCAACAAAGGCAGACAUGUAAUUCAUGUGGGGGGUGAGCAUGACAGUCAUCUGGUCUUGCCUCUUCUCGAGUACUAG